AUGAGGAAAGAUCCGUACUAUACGGAUCCUGUUAGCCAUUAUACAUUCAGGACGUUGAAGUCUGCAGUUCGCUAUGUUGAAACCAACGAACUUACAGAACGUGCAUUUAUUCAGAAAACAAGUGUCCAUGAAGUGUACAACUUUGACAAGUCUACAGAUCUGCAUGAGAGUUUGCGUAAAAGAUUACUAACAAAAGACGAGAGGGCUGCUAUAAAAACUGCAAGUUCAUCAAAACCUGGAAGAUCAUCACGAGAGGUGGAAAUAAAUUACCAUGAGAAAACUUUAAAUAGAGAUGAGGACAUCGACACCUCUAUGGACCCGGUUUCACCAAAUGAGUGCAAAAAAAUCAAAAAGAAAAGCAGGAAGACAACAAAGAAAGAACCAAACUCUUCCAAAUCUAUCAAGGAUGCAAGUGGGAGGCCAUCGAAGUAG